AUGCGGCAAAUGGCUCCUCCUUCACAAGCCGGUGCACAAAUGUCUGCUCCUGGACAACCUCAACCUAUGAAUGCUGUUCCAAGCCCACUGGAAUUUCGCAUACACGAAAUGAAUCGUCGCCUGUAUAUAUUUAACUCAUCCGGGAUUUGCGAGAAAGACUUUGCUCAGUGGUGGGAUGCAUUUUCCCACGAGUUUUUCGACGAUGAUGCGAAAUUAUGGAUAAAUAUAGCAGAUGAACACAGUCCUCAUUCGGAGAAAUACGUGUUGGGUCGGCAACUUAUACCUCGCUUUUUCCGCUCUUUCUUUGAAAGCAAGAUUCGAGAAAUGUAUUUUGUUAUACGUGGACAAUCUCGCGAGUCUCCAACACCUUCUGGGUUUAUACAUUAUGAGAAUCAAGACAUGCUCCAGGUGCAAACCAAGUUCAAACUCUUCAUCGAGUUUACGCCUUACGACGAUAUGCUAAAUUACCGGAUACGGACGUGGAGCAUGGAGCUGGAGAGUUGCCAAGAAUUCUUCAUGAACGAAAUCACAAAGGUACGUUAA